AUGGAACAUCAAACAACUCAAAAGCAGAAAACUAAGGAGAAGAGCAAAGGCAACAAGACGAAGUUCGUGGGCGUUAGGCAAAGGCCUUCAGGGAAAUGGGUGGCAGAGAUCAAAGACACGACGCAAAAGAUACGAAUGUGGCUCGGAACCUUUGAGACCGCAGAAGAAGCUGCUCGAGCCUACGACGAAGCAGCCUGUCUCCUACGUGGCUCCAACACUCGAACCAAUUUCGCAAACCAUUUCCCAAACAACUCACAAUUGUCUUUGAAGAUCAGAAACCUCCUUCACCAGAAGCAGAGCAUGAAACAACAACAACAACAGCAGCAACACAAGCCCGUCUCUUCUUACGCGGAAUGCAGCAUCAACUACACUUCUACUGCUACUAGUCUCACCGCCACCACGACGAUGCCGGUCAGCAAUGUGUACCGCCCAGAUUCAUCGGUCAUCAGACAACAACCAGAAACCGAUGGUGUCCAGCUUCCUUACUCGUGGGCAAAUGUCUCUGGAUUUAACCAUCAGGUCCCUCUGGCUCAGGGAGGAGAAGAAGCGCAUGGACAUCUCAACGAUACAAACCCAACUGAUCAACAUUUGGGUCUGGCUGAAAUCGAAAGACAGAUAUCCGCAUCUCUAUAUGCAAUGAAUGGAGCUAACAGUUACUACGACAAUAUGAAUGCAGAAUAUGCAAUCUUCGAUCCUACCGAUCCAAUUUGGGAUCUUCCAUCACUCUCCCAACUCUUCUGCCCUACAUGA